GCUCUCAACUUGGAACAGAAGUUUCGGUUUCGCGAGGACGUCUGUAGGCGCCGACUAGAACGCUGCUGCCAUCUCCUUCAAGUGAAAUAUUGUUUUUUUCUUUAUUACACCCGCUGAUCAUCUUGUUGAGGAAACACGACAAGAAGAGAACAUAAAGGAAGAAGUCAAGACAUGCCGGACUCACCUGACGCGUGCGUGACGGUGGACGAGGACACGCCGCUGAACACCGUCCCAGGGUCAGGCGAGCCGCAGCACGGCGCCGCGGCGGACGGCGCCACGUGGGGGACUCGCUUCUACGACAAGCACCACAGGGUGUUGUCCAUCUGCAGCGUCGUCUGCGGCGUCUCCUGCAUCGGAAUCAAGGCGCUCAUCAACUCCGUGAAGGCCGAGUGGGAACCGAACGAGGAGGCGUCCAGGAAGUUCUCGCGGCGAGCCAGAAAGUUUGCCAUCAUCUCCAUCGUGACGUGGUUGGCCAUCCUGGUCUUGGCGCCGCUCCUGAUGGUGCUCAUCUCCUACUUGGUCACGCUGCGAGACUGAGACGGACGUCACGGGAGAACACGCAGACUUGUACAAACAUGUUUAUAGGCUGAUAUUUAUUUAUUGUCCACCAUGACGACGCUCGGUAUAAAACUACAAGCUGACGACAACUACUUCAUAACAAUUCCACAAUACUGAAGGCAGUAGAAAAGCCAAUAAAUUAGUCGACAUGGCAGUAACGUAA